CUCUGGGAUUUAAUUUUUCAGGUUUGAAGCCUUGGACUCAAAGUCUUGGGCUUCAAAUUUUGGGCUUGUUUGAAGUCUUCGGCUUCAAAUUGUGGACUUGGUUCGUUCGGGUGUGUUUGGUUGAGAGAUUGGCGGGGUCGUUGUUGAUUUUUUAUUUAGCUCUUCAAUGCUAAAUGGUCCACCAGAUGAGAGAAUCUCCUGUCAUUGAGCGGACUUCUCACCACUUAUAGUACUCAGAAAUUCGUAGUCCGCAUAAUAUGUAAAUUCUACUCAUGUACUAGCCCACGAUUGGGUGAACGACUCCCUCGAUCACUGCAAAAAAAUGCCCUCCUCCUGUCCCGAUUGCCUCCUUGCGCGUGAGCAUAUUGUGGAACUAGAAAGUUGCGUUGCAAAACGAGAACAAUUACUCGCAAAAGCCAGGGAGAAGAUCACCCAGUUACUCGGAAAGAUCAAAGAACGUGAUGCGGCGAUUCGAGAGCGUGAAGGGAUCAUACGAGACUUGCAGAGUGGUCGCGAAGGACUAGGAGUACCAGGAGUGCAGAAUCGACGUGGCGAAGGUGGCCUACGGGUAGGUCAUCGGGGUCCACUAGGAACAGAAUCCUAUACAGAUGCUAGUGGUUGUUCGCCUGAAGAUGUCGCAGCUACCGCUUCAUCUCCAGAGGAACCGAAAGACAAGGCAGUGCGUAGGUACUAGUACUGUUCUUUCUCUUGACAGAGUAUAAUAUGAGGGCCUGAGUUGUUGUAGGUGGCACUCUUUCUUAAGCAGUUUCUAUCUGACUCAUGAUAUUUACACCCACAUACAAUGUACUUGCAGGUCACUCCCCUUACAUACAACUUACCUGCAGGUCAUCCGAGAUGAAACAGCUAGUGCAGGAAUUUCUGGGGAAAGCUGAUGCUCUCGCCACUGACAUCGAAAGACUUCAGAUUUAUGAAAUACAGUUUAAGGUCGUAGUUCCCUCUCUUUGGACGACUACUACUACUGGGUACACUAGUACUGUGUCAUAGAAAUUCUGUCAGACCACGUCUCUACGGUCAUCAUGAACGAUGAUAACAGGGAGAACAGCACGCAUACACUACUACUAGUACUGAAGAAAACUAUCACUGUUGAGCAUAGCGCCAUCGCCUUCGGCUUCAGCUUCGUCAGACCAUAAAGGCCAGACUCUAAACGCCAGAUUAUAAACUGACUAACUAAGUAACUAACUAACUAACUAACUAACUAACUAACUAUAUCAAUCAUUCUCCUAUCCCUGUCUUUCAUAUCCAUUCCCUAUCACAUUAUCUAUCAACUCUCCUCGCCGUCUAAUGCUCCGAACAAAAACGCAGGGAAGCUGAAUUUUCGCAGAUUCCUAGAUCGCAGCAACUGCACGAUCAUGCCAGUCAGGAGGCGCAUUACGCGAGUCAGAGUGCCUUAGCGGCAUUGAUUAUGGAGAAGAAGAAGUUUCUAGCGAAUUAUCGUCACCAAGCUGAGAAAUUAGAGAGGAAAUGGCUCAAGGCGUGUGGUGGCGCCGUUGGACUUGGAGGUGGAGGUGCUACUUCUAGUAGUAGCUCCUGUGUGAGAAGCAGGAGUAGUACAACUACAAGCAACUUAGCGGAGCAGAAAUCUGCUGGAGUAGAUGUUGAUCGACAUGAUCACAGUGGUGCUACGUCGGAGCAAAAGGCGGCACCAAGUUGUACUACUUUUGGCCCGGAAGCAGAAAAGAGAUCUUUACCUCCAUCACCAGAGAGGCCUCGUGAUGGACUUGAUGAAAAAGAAACUUUCCAGUCGCCACCCAAUGGUUAUCAUCGGGACCACAAGGAAGAAGAAGACGAGGAUGUAUUCAACGGUUCUUUUACGAAUGAUACAGCGAUUUUCAAUAGCUCUGGAGGGUCGAAAUCCUCUAGUCCUUUUCAAGACGCGGAUAGUAGUGGAGGUGGGCUUCUCGAAUCUAGUCAAAGCUUUAGUGGUUCUUUAGUUGAUAGAAAUAGAACUGCCGAUGCUCCUGAUGAUGGUACAAAUGCAUUAGAUGGGAUUGAAGGCGAGCGUAGUCCAAUACCACCUGCUGCACCAGAUUGAUGACGUGCUUCUGGUACAUUGGCGUUGAUGUGAAGUAGAGAAAUAGCGUAUUCUUGUGUGCGCUUCGCUAGGACCCUGUGAAGUCUGCUUUUAUUUUGAUAGGAAUCAU